UUAUAUGGUGGCGCCCAGUUCUUAUUGGUGGAAGAGAAAACCCAGAUACAAUGUACCUGGGAAGAGACCACCAACCUUCCGAAAGUAAACUGGGAAACUUUCUCACUUACUGGCGCGAGCGGCAUAAUGGAGACCAGUCAUAGAAUGGUUGAGACCUAUCAGGUUUUAGACACAGGAUUUUAUGCUGACUCAGUGGAAUGGUGUCCACAUGAUGGUUACCAUGACAUCCUGCUGUGUGGGACUUACCAGCUGGACGAAGGUCAGGAAAAGAAAGAUGUGAAUUCUGAUGACACAACUGAAACAAAAACUCAAACCCGACAUGGAAACGUACAGGUCUACAAACUGAUAAUGGAUGAUGGAUCAUACUCAUUAGUGAAGACCGCAGUGAUUGACAUGCCAGGCGUCCUUGACAUUAAGUGGAGUCCUGACUUGGUGGGUGACAGGCCUGUCUUUGGAUUGGUCAACUCUGUCGGUGCAGCUGAACUCUAUGUGAUAGACCAAAGAGAAGGAGUGGGUGGCGGAUCCACAAAUACUGAGGUCACAAAGCUUGCAGGAGUGAACCUGGGAGAGAAUGUGCUAGGCUUAUCCUUAGAUUGGGCAAACAGAAUUACUAAGAGCAACCCUCCACAACUGUCAACCUCCUCUUCAGAUGGGCACGCUCAAAUUCAUCAGCUGGCAUCAGGGGAGCUAACUCCAGUUUCUUCAUGGAAGGCACAUGACUAUGAAGCCUGGAUCACAGCUUAUAAUUAUUGGGACAAAAAUGUCCUAUACACAGGUGGGGAUGAUUGCCGUCUGAAGGGUUGGGAUCUAAGGCAGAAUUCUUCCUCACCGAUCUUCUCCAGUAAAAGGCAUGAAAUGGGUGUCUGCAGCAUUCAGUCCUGUCCCAUCAGAGACUCUCUUCUUUGUACAGGCAGUUAUGAUGAGCACCUACUUGUGUGGGACAGUAGACAGAUGAAGCAGCCUUUGGCAGACACACGAUUGGACGGGGGGAUCUGGAGAGUGAAAUGGCACCCACAGCAUGGUCACAAGAUCCUGACUUCCACGAUGUAUAAUGGGUAUCAUGUAGUGGAUGCAGAACAUGUAUUAGGUGGGAAGAUGCCUAUAUUGCAUCAUUAUGAAAAGGAUGUUUCCCUUGGAUACGGUGCCGACUGGUGUUAUGAUGCCUCAACUGACAAUCUCAUAGCAACAUGUUCAUUUUAUAACCAUUCUCUGCAAUUAUGGCGACUUACAACUCAAAGUGAAGAUGUGAGAUAAAAUAAAUCGCUAAACGAAA